AUGAGAGAGGAGCAGAGGCUGAUGAGACUGAGGAGUGUUGUGAGCCCGGGUGAGCCAAGGAGCAAAUACACAGCCCUUGAAGAACUUGGACAAGGGUAAGCGGGACGUCUGCUCCUUUCCUGUGACGCCAGCACAGGGAAACAGGUGGCCAUCAAGAAAAUGAGGCUGGAAGAGGAGGAUUCUGAGGAGCUGGCUGUCAAUGAAAUCCUGGCCAUGAGGGACAACAGGAAUCCCAAUAUUGUUACCUACUUAGACAGCUACCUGGUCGACGAGGAACUCUGGCUGGCAAUGGAAUUCAUGGACGGCGGCACGUUGUUUGAUGUACUCAGGGCAGUGUACCUGGAGGAAGGACAGAUAGGCGCUGUCUGUCGGGAGUGCCUGCAAGGACUGCAUUUCCUUCAUUCGCGCCGAGUCAUCCACAGAGACAUCAAAAGCAGCAACGUUCUUAUGGGCACAGACGGAUCAGUCAAAUUGGCUGACUUUGGUCUCUGUGCUCGGCUCAGCCCUGAGUGCAGCAGGUGCGACUCCAGCGUUGGCACUCCCAGCUGGAUGGCACCGGAAGUCGUGAGAGGAGAAGCCUACGGCCCCAAAGUGGACAUCUGGUCCCUGGGGAUCACGGGGCUGGAGAUGGUGGAAGGGGAAGCUCCUUACCAGAGGGAGCCCAAGUUCAGGGUUUUUGAACUGAUCGAAAGGAACGGCCCCCCAAAACUGCAAAACCCCAGGCACCACUCGGCUCUCCUGCGCGACUUUCUGUGCUGCUGCCUGCAGGCGGACCAAGACAGGUGCUGGUCUGCCCAGGAGCUCCUGCAGCAUCCAUUUGUGACCUCAGGCCAGCCCGCCUCCAGCCUGGCUGCUCUCAUCGUCUCAGCCAAGCAAGUGCAGGAAGACUGGAGAGGAGAGGCUUGCGCCUGA